AUGGAUCUGGCGUCAACGAUCCCGUUUCAGCUCCUGGGCAACUUGAUCACUGGUAGAACCACCACCGGCCUCUCCUUCGGCAUCUUGGGGCUGCUGAGGCUCUGGCGUCUGAGGAAGGUGCAUGAGUUCUUCGCAAGGUGAAUCAUUCUCGCUCGCUUGGCUUCUUCCUUUGAACGUGCUCUCAUCGUCUCCUCCCCCGUUUGCUUCGCAGGCUGGAAAAAGACAUCAGAUACAGCUAUUUCCUCGUCAGAUGUUCAAGGCUCCUCUUGGUGAGCAGCAAUCGAUCCAGAGAAACCUUUAAGCAUAUUUAAAUAUGGACAAAAUGAUGACAACCAGACGACCACGGACUCAUUGCAAACCCUGAAAAUGUGGGUGGGUUUAACUUUUUCUUCACAGGCGACCCUUCUCCUUGUACACUUUGCUGGUUGCAUCUACUACAUGCUGGCCGAUCACUACCCUCAUGGAGGAAAGACGUGGAUUGGAACGGCGAUUCCCAACUUCAGGGAGUCUAGCCUGCGGAUCCGCUACGUCUCCUCCAUCUACUGGUCCAUGACCACCAUGACUACCGUGGGCUAUGGGGAUCUCCACUCCGUCAACUCUAGAGAGAUGGCCUUCAACAUUUUUUACAUGCUCUUUAACCUGGGUUUCACUUCGUAUCUGAUCGGCAACAUGACCAAUCUCGUCGUUGAGGGGACGCGUCGAACGAUGAAAUUCGUAUCUCUUCUCUCUCUCUCUCUCUCUCUCUCUCUCUCUCUCUCUCUCUCUCUUCCACUUUCUUUGAGAAUUUGUCUCAGUUUUGGUAAUGCCGGUGGCAGAGGGACAGCGUACGGGCAGCGUCGAGCUUCGUGUGCCGGAACCGCCUGCGUCGGCGGCUGAGGGAUCAGAUACUGACCUACAUGUACCUCCGGUUUAAAGCGGAUAACUUGAACCAGCAGGAGCUGAUGGAUCAGCUACCCGAGUCCAUAUACAAAGGCAUUUGCCAACACCUCUUCCUACCAAGCCUUAAGCUAGUCUACCUCUUUAAGGGCGUCUCCCUAGAGACCCUCCUGCUCCUGGUGAGAAACCCACAACCGGCUAACGAACAAAUAAACAUGAAUGUUCCCUUCUGACGACUCUAUUUCAGGUUGCCAAGAUGAAACCCGAGUAUGUUCCUCCGAGGGAAGACGUCAUCACGCAGAACCAGGCAUCGGAAGACAUCUACGUCGUGGUAUCAGGAGAAGUUGAUAUCAUACUCAGGGAGGCAGAGAAGGAAGAGGUCCUAGGGAAAUUGGGCGCCGGAGGUAUUUUUGGGGAAAUCUGUGCGCUCUGCAACAGGCUUCAAGCCCACACAUUCCGGACCAGAACCCUGUGUCAGCUGUUGAGGCUGAAGCAGGCUACUCUAGUGGAGGCCAUGGGAACCAAGCACGAAGACAGCGUCGUAAUCAUCAGGAACUUCCUCCAGGUAGAAUCACCAGUCGAAGAAUCCCCGCCUUUUACCUGUCGUCUUCUGAAUUCACGCGUCAAUUGCGGUCUUCUUCCAGAGACAAAUGGAACUCCAAGAUCUUACUCUCGAGGGGGUUCUUCCAGGAGAGACUGGUGUGGGUGAGGAAGCUGGCAUACCGUGCAAUCUGUUGACGGUUGCGGCCACCGGCAAUAGCUGCUUCCUUGAGGAGCUUCUCAAGGCGGGGAUGGAUCCUGACGUCGGCGACUCCAAGGGAAGAACACCGUUGGUAUGCUCGCUAUGACACUCCAAAGAGAUGCCUAGUCUACAGCUCUCAUAUCUUGUGAUAUUCCCAUGCAGCAUAUUGCGGCAUCGAAGGGGUUCGAGGACUGCGUCCUUGUUCUGCUACGAAAUGCCUGCAACGUAAACAUCCAAGGUGGGCCGGUCGUGUCUUUCCUCGAAAUCUAUCUUCCUGCGAUCUCCGUGGAUGCCCUAAUUCUGUGUGAUUACAGAUGCCGAAGGGAACACCCCUCUGUGGACCGCCUUGAAAGCUAAGCAUCACAAGAUAUUCAACAUCCUGCACCAAUAUGCAUGCUUCUCCAACCCCACCGCCAGCGGUGACCUUCUAUGCCUCGCAGCGAAGAGAAACGACCUAUCGGCCAUUAAGGAGCUACUGAAACAUGGGCUGAGCAUUGACCUGAAGGACCACGAAGGAUUCACAGCUCUGGAAAAAGCAAUGGAAGAGAACAACGUCGAAAUUGUGAGUUUCUUGGUCUCGAAUGGAGCCAAGGGAGGGAGGAGGAUUCCCAGCGGGACGGCAGCAGCGACCCGAGCGGUAUUUGAGGAGAUGAUGCAGAAGAGAGAGAUAGGGCAUCUUAUCAACGUAGUUGACGACAGGUCUGGGGAGUUGGUCAGCUCUGAGCUCGGCAAGCGAGAAAUGGAGCAGAAGUGGGAGAGAAGUGGUGGGCUCUGUUCGAGAGUGAACAUCUACAGAGGACAUCCAAUGUUCAGGAGUCCUUGCCGGCGAGCUGGGAAGCUGAUAAACGUGCCGAGCAGUUUUGAAGAGCUCAAGAACGCCAUGGGUAAGCUCGUGUGUAUGGCGUAUACAUUAUAGGAUAGCAAAUUACAUACGAGGCAGAUAAUUUUCUAUAGACGUAUAUAUACGCUCUAAUUUUUCUAAAAAUCCCGAAUAUUAUAUUUACAAGCUAUUCCAUUAUCUGAGAAAGUAGAAAAAGCUGAGGGAGGGAGUUAUUUAGGCCCAAUUAACUUCAUUACGCUGUACUUUGGAUAUAUCUACCGAUUAAGCAAGAUAUGGCAUAUUUCAUCAUCUAGGUCGUACACAUUUCCAUCCCAGAGAAGCUUCUACGUAACAAUUCUAUGGCUACUGGCAGGGAAAAAGCUCGGCGUUGAAGCGGAAGAAACAGUGAUCGUGAACGUCGAAGGGUCAGAGGUGGACUCCCUUGAGGUUAUCAGGGACAACGACAAACUCUUUCUCGUCGAUGCUGAAGAUCUUCAGCGACUCGAUGCUGACUCGUCGUCGUAA